CGCAGCAAGCCAGGCUUGGCAUUCAAAUUUUGAUCGCGACGAGCAACAGAUCGAAUUUGGUGAAAUCAAUGCGUAGAAAGUGAAACGAGGCUCAGGCAAAGUUGGGGAAAAGUGAAAAGCUGCGGAAAACUUGGCUGACCAAGCAAACACAUUUGGACACACUUGCGUUGGGCGGAUUGAGAUUACGUGCUCCUCCAACCGAUUUGCCUGGCCAGGAGCUGCAGUUGGAGCUGGAGCUGGAGCCAGAGCCACAAUCAAACACCUGGGCGAGCGGCGGCCCACCUGCCGGCUUAGAUGCGUCUAAUCCAAACGGCAACCGGCGGUGCUGCUGCGUCCGUUCUGCAGACCCACUCCCAGGCGCAGUACAACUACACCAGCAUGCGUGAAGAUGAUAUCGAGCUGGCCAUUAAAGUGGUCAUUGUUGGAAAUGGUGGCGUUGGCAAGUCGUCAAUGAUACAGCGCUAUUGCAAAGGCAUUUUCACGAAGGACUACAAGAAGACGAUUGGAGUGGACUUCCUAGAGCGACAGAUCGAGAUCGACGGCGAGGAUGUGCGCAUCAUGCUGUGGGACACCGCCGGCCAGGAGGAGUUUGACUGCAUCACAAAGGCGUACUACCGCGGCGCCCAGGCUUCCGUCCUGGUCUUCUCGACGACGGAUCGAGCAUCCUUCGACGCGAUCAAGGAUUGGAAGCGCAAGGUGGAGAACGAGUGCAACGAGAUUCCCACAGUGAUCGUGCAGAACAAGAUUGAUCUUAUCGAACAGGCGGUGGUCACGGCCGACGAGGUGGAGACGCUGGCUAAGCUGCUCAACUGCCGGCUCAUCCGCACCUCCGUCAAGGAGGACAUUAACGUGGCGUCCGUGUUUCGCUACCUGGCCACCAAGUGCCAUCAGCUAAUGACUCAGAGCUACGACCAGGCGGCCGGAAACCAGCAAAACUCCAGCCAUCCGCCGUACAGCAGCACGCCCACGAUCAGCGCCUUCAGCCCGACCUUCACAAAGUCCAGCAGCGGCACCAUCGUCCUCCGUCCGGCGAAGAAGGGCCAUGGCUCCAGCGUGGCCCGGAAGCGAAAGAUAGUGCUCAAGAAGUGCGGAAUAUUGUGAGGAGUUGUCGGAUUAGCUGGUUGGAUGGCGGCAGGGGCGACUCGGCUGGCAAUUAAUAUCUGGAGCAUAUUUAACGCCUAAUUAUUUUGGAGCCUAAUGAUGUUGUGGCCGGGUGGCCAGCCAACCGUUGGAUGCAACCACAGCCAUUCACUAGUCGUGCACAGACUCCGCGUGAUGUGGUUCAGACAUGCUUACGGAACAGCAAAAAUAAUCGGAGGCAGCAAAGUGGAUCUUCUGGAUCUCCACGAAGCAGAGAUACCCUUGCGGACGUACUGAGAAACUCAAUAUUUGAUUUACACUACACAGCGGAAUGUUUUUAUCAUCUUUCGGGCCGGUUCCGAUAUCUCACAAAAAUGUAAACAAUUUUGGUUUUGAAUUUGAGUUCUAGGCCGGAUACUUAAAUUGUUUUUGAACACGAAAAUUAUAAGAAACACCCAAAUCAUUUAAGACAUCAUAGAAUUAGCUGACUUCUCGGUGUAUUAUUUUAACUGCAACUAUUUAAUACUUCUGUUUAUAAUUAAACUAUAUAGAACGUAUAUAGACCCAAUACUCACUUGGCCACACGACCCAUUAGAGCAAAACCGUAGCACCCGAUCUGCAAGGGAAGAUGAUGAGUGAGUUCUCGACACCAUAGACAAUAUGCACGAGCAGUUUCUCAAAAAUUGCCCCAAUUAGUUAUAGAUACGAAAUCAAAUUUGUAUGUAUGUAUUAUGCCCGCUUUUUUAUAACGGAGACUGAAGCACUUUGCUUUCAUAUCGGAUAUGUUUGUAUAUAGGGGUUAGCUCCCUAACCAAGCAGAAUUAAAAGGCUAUUUAUCACGCUACCAAGCCCAGAUAGAUCACAGGUCCAUGUGAAAUCCCUUUGCCAAUUCGCGUUGGCCAAAUGUGCAAUUAAAUAUUCAGCUUUUAAAAUUAUUAACUAAUUGCAAGUCAUGUCAGAGCGCAAUUUGACGCGAUUCAUGUAGACCAGUGCUGCUCGCAUUCUAUGCAAACACAAGUGCAGAUGGAGCACAGUGAAGCAUGUAACAUGUAAGCCGAGUAGGAGAUUAGCAAUAACUAAUAUAUAAUAAAUAUCCGUAAGUCUAUUAAUAUUGUAUUUAUGCAUGUAAUGACCCAUUAAUAUGUUCACUUAAUAAAUUAUUUUGUGUAAAUUAA